CGGCGGGCGGCGACGAUGCUCUGCCCCGGAGGGCUGCUGCCCUGAAGCGGCGGCGAGCGGAGAGCUGGCUGGCCGGUCCGGCGCACCCGAGCGAUUGCCAAGAGCUGCUUCUGCCUGACCCAAUGGCCUACACAAUCAGCCCCACCCCUUCCGUGCCGGUGGGAACCCAGGAUUGCGUUUGCAGAGUCGAACUGUCCGUGUGUGGCCAAAAUCUUCUGGACAGAGAUGUGACCUCUAAGUCAGAUCCUUUUUGUGUCUUGUUUAUGGAAAUCAAUGGCAAAUGGACAGAGAUCGACAGAACAGAAACUGCGGUGAACAACCUCAACCCGGCGUUCUCCAAAAAGUUCAUCAUAGACUAUCGCUUUGAGGAGGUCCAGAAGUUGAAAUUCGCCUUGUUUGACCAAGACAAAUCAAGCAUGCAACUGUAUGAACAUGACUUUCUGGGGGAAUUUUCUUGCACUCUGGGAACGAUUGUCUCAAGCAAGAAGGUAAGAAGAGCACUCCUUCUGGGGAACGGGAAACCAGCCGGAAAGGGAAUGAUAACGAUAGCAGCCCAAGAGUUGUUGGACAAUCGGGUGAUCACGCUCAGCAUGGCCGGCAGGAAGUUGGAUAAAAAGGAUUUGUUUGGAAAAUCAGACCCGUUUUUAGAGUUUUAUAAACAAGGGGAUGAUGGGAAAUGGAUGCUGGUCCACAGAACAGAGGUAAUUAAAUACACGCUGGAUCCCGUGUGGAAGCCAUUCACUGUGCCUUUAAUAUCUCUGUGUGAUGGGGAUAUAGAAAAGCAAAUCAAGAUUGUCUGUUACGAUUAUGACAACGAUGGAGGACAUGACUUCAUUGGGGAGUUCCAGACCUCUGUCAUCAUGAUGUGCAAAGAUGCCUCUGUGGUAGAGUUUGAAUGCAUCAAUCCCAAAAAACAGAAGAAGAAAAGAAGCUACAAGAAUUCAGGCAUCAUCAUUAUAAAAUCCUGCAAAAUCACCCGAGAUUACUCCUUCCUGGAUUACAUCCUCGGAGGCUGCCAGUUAAUGUUUACGGUUGGGAUUGACUUCACGGCAUCCAACGGAAAUCCUCGGGAUCCAACGUCUUUGCACUACAUUAACCCCAUGGGGACAAAUGAAUACCUUUCAGCUAUCUGGGCAGUAGGGCAGAUUAUCCAAGACUAUGACACAGACAAAAUGUUUCCUGCCUUGGGAUUCGGGGCCCAGCUACCACCGGACUGGAAGGUUUCUCAUGAAUUUGCCAUUAACUUUAAUCCUACCAACCCUUUUUGCCUUGGCGUGGAAGGCAUUGUCCAAGCCUACUCGAGUUGCCUGCCUCACAUUCGCUUCUACGGACCAACCAACUUCUCCCCCAUCAUUAACCACGUGGCUCGGUUUGCGGCCCAAGCGACCCAGCAGGAAUCUGCCAGCCAAUACUUCAUCCUCCUGAUCAUCACGGAUGGUGUCAUCAGCGACAUGGAUGAGACACGGCAUGCUGUUGUACAGGCCUCCAAGCUGCCCAUGUCUAUUAUCAUUGUUGGGGUUGGGAAUGCAGACUUCGCAGCCAUGGAGUUUCUGGAUGGAGACAACCGCAUGCUUCGGUCAUACACAGGCGAGGAGGCAGUGCGUGAUAUCGUCCAAUUUGUGCCAUUCCGUGAAUUCCGCAGUGCACCCAAAGAAAUGUUGGCAAAAGCUGUGUUGGCAGAACUUCCACAGCAAGUGGUCCAGUACUUCAAGCACCAGAAUUUGCCACCCCUCAACUCAGAACCUGCUUAGGACUAAGCUGUUGCUCCUUGCCUGCAUGCAUCCCAAAUCCGUUGGUGACAGAAGAUUGCAUGUCUCCUGUGGUUUCAAAUAACUUUUUAUUUAACUGAUUUCAUUUAAUAAAAGGAACAAAGCCUACCCUGAUUCCCUCCAAAUGUAGCCUGCAACGUGAGAAGCGUAGGGAUCCGUGCUCAAGGUUCUUGGAACCCGCUGUGGCCAAUACAGGAUGUUCUCCCCACCUUGAUUCCACAAAUCAACUUUUAAGUAUUUGAAUGUACUUUGUAUGAUUUUUGUGGAAUGAGAAGACAUUUUUAUAACCAGAACUUACUGUCUUCAAGUGUGAAGUUCUCAAAAUCUCAUUGCCCAAAGAAAUGUGGACCAUUCUUCGAUGUGUUGUACUUGUACUUCUCCUGCUCUACGUUCAUUUUUAUACCAUGUACACGUAUUUGUUAUACUCAGGCUAAUAAACAACCCUGAACUCUU